AUGCCCAAAGCAAAGGCAGACAAGAAGGGGGGUAAAAAGGAAAAUAAGAACACUCAAAGUCAUAUCCGAGCUCGUCUUGACUACCUACACCAAGCUGCUGUAUAUCUACAGAAUCAAUCCAAACAGCAAGAUGGCGAAAACCUUUCUCAGGCACCUCAUGGUGCUCAGCUGAGACAACAAAGACAGAGCCAGUCUACCUCUGGGACUGCUGACAACAAGUCAAAAGCCGAACAGCCAACUCCAACCAGCCCAGAGACAGAAGGACCACUAGGCAAUAUCUCAAGGACAUGUGUGUUACACCUACGCGAUGUAGCGAUGAAAACCCAGAUUCGGCUGCCAGUCACAUUGAAACGAACACUGUGCAAGCGCUGUGCUACUCUCCUCAAGCCUGGAGUCACCAGUUCGCAUGAGAUCAGGAAUGAAAGUCGGGGCGGCAAGAAGCCAUGGGCAGAUGUAAUGAUUGUCCGCUGUCUCCCCUGUGGUGCUGAGAAACGGUUCCCGCAGACCGACAAACGUGCGAAGAAGCUCAGCGAGCGCCGCAAAGAGAAGGAGACUGCACUGUCACAGAAUGGCAUUGAUAUGGACCUCUCACCGGCGGUAUCAAAGGGCAAGGGGAAUGUCCAUGACCAGAGAGACACAAAUAUCGUUCCCGCGACAGCAUCCUGA